GAUAUAGGGACUAGAAUGGAUAAAUACGCAAUACUGACAUUUGAAGAACCCGAAUCUUUUAAACUAAUCCGACUUUUCCGACAAGAAAUGGAAAAAAUGGAUAAAUCUGACAGCUGUAUAAAAAUAAUUAUUGACGAAGAUAAACCUCGAGUGUCGAUUGAAUGCACAAAUAGAAAAAAUGCUCAAGAAUACACAACAAAUAAAAUGAAAGAAAUGCUAAAAUGGUUAAGUGGUCUUUGUGAGGAAUCGAUUAAGGUGGAUGAUGAAAAUGAAAAGGAUAUUACUAAAAAGAAAUUGUCAGAAGAAAAAGCUUGCUUCACGUAUAAUGAGAGUGUUAAACUUUUUCGUGUGUAUACAAAAACACAAGAGGACUUAGUAAAGAUCAUGAGAUCUUUACACUCCCUUCUCGGUAGGCCUUUUCAAGAAAAACAACCAGAAAACAUGUCUGCACCGUUAGCAGCAGCAAAAUGUCCAGAACAGUCACAAGAUUCGAAAACAAAAUCAGAAAUUUCACAAUCAAUGCAGAUACCAAGAACUUCAAUGUCCACAUCAAAAACUUCUAAAUCUGAAACUAUCGGAGGUCAACAGGAAACAGAACCCAAGGUCAGUGGUGCAUCACUCAAAAAGAAUGAUAGGAAAGAAGACUCAAAAGAUCACCAAAAUCUAUCAUCAGACGAUAAACAAGCAAAAGCCAUGGCUAAUCAAGGAGCAGAGUCAUCGACAUUAAUUUCUCUGCCAGGUAACGACCAAAAAUCGUCAAUCAUUCACAAAACCGACCCAAAAGCCUUAAGACUGCAUGAAGACUUCAAGCUUAAUAUUACGCUGGAAGAUGGACUGAUAUUCAGGAUUUUUAAGGCAAAUAUUACGACAAUUUGUUCGGGCGCCAUUGUAAAUCCUGCCAAUGAGCUUCUUCGGAAUACUGGUGGCGCUGCAGACGCUAUAUCAAAGGCCGCAGGUACCGUCUAUGAAAAUGAUUGCCAACAUAUUAUGAAGAAAAAGAAAUGUAUCAAAACGACGGAAAAUGUUUUAACGAAAUCAGGAAAUCUUCCAUGUGCCGUUGUCAUCAACGCAGUUGGGCCUCAAUGGGCAGACUACAAAGACAAACUGGAAUGUUUACGGGAUCUCGAAAAAACGAUCACAGGAGUUCUAGAAACUGCAGAGAAAAAUCGAAUUGAUUCCAUUGCAAUACCACCAAUAAGUUCAGGUAUAUUUGGAGUACCGUGGGAAUUGUGUGCGCCCAUGUACAUAAGCAGCAUUACAAAAUUUGGAAGCAAAAAAAGGAAACAUCUACAGGAAGUAAACUUAGUGGAUUUAACGGACGACAUUCUGGAUUUGUCUUGUAAAUACUAUAAGGAAUGGACCAAGCAUAAAAAAUUGGACCCAAAGCAAAUUCUGCAAGAAUUCGCAGCUAAGAAUCCACAAGCAAUGUCAGGACCCACAAUGCCAAAAGAACAAGACAAAAAUGGUUUAUCGACCGAAAAUCCCAUCUCGAGUCUUUGCAAAUUUUUGGGAAAUUCGAAAGACAAGCAAACAUUUGAAAUGAGUGGAAAACUAAAAGUGUACAUAUAUAGAGACGAUUUAGUGAAAAUAGGUGGUAUUGAUAUGCUGGUGUCCCCUGAAAACAGUGCAUUUACUGGAAAUGGAGCACUUGCUCAGAGUAUACUAAAGUCUGCCGGGUCAAGCUUCAGACAGAUUCAUCAGUCUAUUCAGCACGAGGUAUACACGAGUAGAAAAUCACUAAAACCUGGUGAUUUUCGAGUCACUUAUGCAGGGAAUCUGAAAUAUAGAUUUGUAUUUCAUGUUGUUUUUAACAGAUUUUCAGAUCAGCGUCCUCCCUCUGAAAUAGAAUUGAAAGACCUAAAAUUCACAGUGAAAAAGAUACUGAACCAUGUUGAAUGUUAUGGGAUGUGUAACAUGAAAAAUGAACAAUAUAAUAUGAAAAUUACAUCCAUUGCCAUGCCGUUGCUUGGAGCUGGUGGGAUUGAAAACCCUAAAUAUUUGGAGAAAAUCUGCUGUGCUGUGUACGAUGCUAUAGAGGAAUACGUGGAGACCUCGAGGAUGUCGAAUCUGAAAGAGAUACACCUUGUUAGUUACGUUGAGUCAACUAACACAGCUUUUACAAAUACUUUUUUGGCCAUGUCCAAACAGGAUUACGUCCGAUCUCGUCAAAAGCCACCAACUCAAAAACCAACAGCUGAAAAUCCCAAAUAUCAAGAAGAAUUGAACAAAGCUCUUUCUCCCGUUGAUAUUUGGAAAAUGGAUGGCAAAAGAAAGAGUGGACCAGAUUUAAAAACAUUUAUCGUCGACCUCAAAAAACUACCGCCUGAGAAUUGCGUCAUCUGCAUGGAUACUUUCACCAAUCCUGUAAAAUUGCGAAAGUGUAACCAUGCUUUCUGUAAACAGUGCAUUACAGACUUUUUCUCUUUCAAAUCAGCUUGUCCAGUAUGUAACACAACAUAUGGUACAAUUUAUGGCGACCAACCAAGAAAUGGAACAGCUACAAUUUAUCUUGAGAAGACGUCUUUGCCAGGUCACAAAGAUGGCACAUACACUAUCUUGUACGAUUUUCCCGACGGAAUUCAAGAGGAAUGCCAUCCUCAUCCUGGAACCAUGUACAAGGGUACACGCCGUCAGGCAUACUUACCAGCCAGUAAGGAAGGCACGGCCAUUUUACAUAUGUUAGAAAGAGCCUUUAAACAGGGUCUGAUAUUUACCGUAGGAUCGUCUAGAACAACUGGACGUAGUAAUGUCGUCACCUGGAAUGACAUUCAUCACAAAACCAGAUCAACAGGUGGCCCGGAAAGGUUUGGAUAUCCAGACCCAGAUUAUUUACUGCGUGUUCGAGAGGAACUUGAAGCAAAAGGAAUCACGGAGAGAGAUGAUAGGGAGCAGCAAUAAGACAGAAUCCGAAAGAUAAACGAAGCACUUUGAGAUUUUGGUUCGAGCAACUCUGACUUUCGGUUUUAAUAAACGGUCAUCUUAUCUUGAUUUGAAUGAUAUCCAUUUAAAAUGCAUCAAAUACAUAGAUAUAUGCAGUACUUAGAACAUUUACAAGCAUUUAUGACUUCCGCCCAUAAACAAAAUAUUUGGCCAUUUUUAAGGAUAGAGAGAGUUUAAUAUUUUUAGUAUCUAAGUACAAUGUUUAGUUUUAUGUCUGAAAGAAGGUUUCAGGUUAUUUUCUUACAUAUGUCACAUUUUUUAUGCAUUUUUUCACGUUUUUUAAUCAUUUCCGAAAAAUAGCUAAAAUGUAAUAUGGGAACACGAAGACAGAUAGAGAGAGAUAGAGAAUUUGGUAUUGUUUGUCAGAUAUUUUGAAUUUUAUGUCAUUACUGGGUUUUUAUUGUUUUUUUUCUACAUGAAAGUAUCUUUUGAAAAACAAAACAACAAAUUUACAUUAUAGUUAUUAAUAGAUAUGCCUGCCAAAAGCAAUUGGUCUAUUGUCUUCGUGUGUUUUAUUUCAAAUCAUACAUGUUACACGUACAGUGUACACGGUUGCAACAAAGUACCAAGGACAAACAAAAUUGAUUUGUAAAAGCGUAAUUCCUAUUCAAAAAGUUUAUAAUGAGUUUUAGAAUAAUCACUGUACUUAAAGUGUGAAUUUUCUUAAAGGAUGUUUGCUGUAACUGUAUAUCAUUUAUUAUGUCAGUAUGUGUACAUUGUUUUACAAGUCAAAUUUACUUACCGCUGUAUUUUAAAACAUAAAUUGUAUCAUCAUCAGUUAAGAGAUUUAUAUGUUUCAAUCAUUCUACAUGUAUAAGGGAAAUGUAUCAAGUGUUACAAUGAUGAAAUCUGAACACAAAUUUGAAAGGUGCACCCUUGCUUUUAUAACUUUUCACUUAGUUUUCCCCCUUUAUAUCUAGGAACAUAGAAGAUUUUCAAAGAAAUGAUGCAUUUGCAGACCUUUUGCCACAAAUUUCACCGUUUAAAAAAAAUAUUCAAGAAACACCGCUGACCUGCACAAAAAUGCCUUCAGGUUAUCUGCUUAAAAUAUAGGAGUCGAGAAUAAAGUUUUUGAAGAAUAAUACAUUUUCUUUAUGUGAUUUUAGGAUUUCUGUCAUUACUUCAAUACCUCAACACUGUCACCAUAAGUUUUUGGAAGCAGAUCUGAAUGCUUUUUAUAACCAUGACAUGAGUUAAAGAUUUUGAUAUCCAGGAGUGAAAAGGAUGAUUUUUAAUGAUCAUUGCAUAGCUAAUUGCUAAGGCCUAAGAAGGCAUAAAGUUCAAAAUCAUCAAAUGUUAACACAUGAUGAACAAAUUUUUAAAUCGGAUAGCAAUUUAAUGUGAUAUAAGAAUCUCAUUUUUAUUAAUUGUAUGUUUAUGUUUUGUUAUUUAGUAUUGUCACAGUUUCAAUAACUAAAAAGUUUUUUUUA